CGCAAGCGCACCGCGCACUUUUUUCCAACCAUUUCUAAUUUCGACACCGUCACGAACGCACGUGUCAAAAAAUUAAAUAAUUCUUUUUUCAAAUUUUUAUUUUACUUCAGACUUUUACAGCGUUUUUAUUGGCUGUUACAAUGAUUAAUAGUGAUGUUUAUGAAUCGUUAAAUAUCGAUACGUAUCGCGGUGUAAUUUACGCGUAACAUCAGCGCAAAUUGUGCGUGGUAGAAGAAUGAAUUGAUUGUUGUCGUGUAAACUAAUGACUAUGACGCGUGUUAACUGUUGUGUUUUAAUUAUAUUUUUAACGGCGAUCUUUAUGGACAGUUGUGAUGGCUACAGCCCGAGAGAAUGUGGUGUACCAUUGCGGCGGCACACGCGUCAACCUCGCGACAGGACCCCAGGCCAGCUCCGCAUCAUCAAGGGUCGGGAGUCCAAGCGGGGAGCCUGGCCCUGGCAGGUAUCACUUCAGCUGCUGCACCCAAAUUAUGGUCUGAUCGGGCACUGGUGUGGCGGCGUGCUGGUGCAUCCUAUGUGGCUGCUCACCACUGCUCACUUGAACUCUUCAACCUACCGGUACCAGCGCUCUGGACAGCAGUCCUGGGCGAAUGGGACAGAGCUGAACAGAAGGGAGCCUAUGUGCCUAUCGAGAAGAUUGUCCUGCACCAUCGGUUUCAUAACUACCAACAUGAUAUAGCUUUAAUGAAGUUAACAAGACCAGCAGACGUCAGCACAGGAAGUCGAAUCCGCACAAUUUGCUUACCACCUUUCGAACCACCAAUAGACGCUUUCGGAACAGAGAAGAGCUCAUCUUUCUAUCAUCGUCCAGAAUCGUCAACAGAACCACCACGACGAAAGCCAAAACCACCAAAACCAAAGCCAGAUACCGCUGUCAAAUACCUUGAAAAACUGAACAAUUUGACGAAGAAUAUCUUCUCAGGACUAGUGAACAAGAAACAUAAGAAUAUGAGAUAUAACGUUAGAGUAUCUAAUGACUCAAAUAGACAGACAGACAGAAAAAAUGGAGAUGAACUAAGAAAGUCAGAUAAUGAGAGAGGUCACAGUGAUCUUAUCUAUGACAGUGCCACACUAGACAGUGUUGUCAAACUUAUAAGGAACAGUCUACUAAAAGACGAUUAUAAAGUCAAUAUAAACAGAAGUGACAAGAAACUUAUGUUUGGUGAAGAAAUUGAUCCGUUUAUUGAUGACAAUAAUAGACUAGACUUCAAAGAUGAGUGUUAUACUACUGGUUGGGGUAGGGAGCAGACGAAUGGGACAUUGACAGAUGUUUUGUUGGAAGCUGAAGUACCAGUUCUACCUCUUAAUGUUUGUAGGGAGAGAUAUGCUCUGACUCUUCCAUUAAAUGAUGGACAUCUGUGUGCUGGGAGCACAGAUGGCAGCACAGGAGCUUGUGUGUAUUUAAUAGUUACCCAAUAG